AUUAUAAGCGGCGCGGCGGCGGCGCGGUGUACAAUCGCGGCCCGCUCAGUGAUCGCAAUGCUAGUGUUUCCGCAGUGGAGGAGUCAGACGCCCGCGGGCUGUAGGGUCCAGAGAUGGGUGCCGGCGGAGAUCGCGCCCUACCUCGCCCGCCCGCUGCCGCCGCCGCUGCCGCCACAGGACGACGACGAUGAGUCCACAGGCGGUUCGUCCCCCGACCGCAUGGACGAUGACAACGCGUGCGGGUGGCGCGGGUGCGGCGCGCGCUUCCCGAGCGUCGCGCGGCUGUCCGCGCACGUAGCGAGGGUGCAUGCGCAGGCGCAUAGCGACGGCCUUUUCUAUUGCCAGUGGAUGGGGUGCGCGAGACCGCAGAGAGGAUUUAAUGCUAGGUAUAAGAUGUUGGUACACGUCCGCACGCACACAAACGAGAGGCCUCACACAUGCAAUCAGUGCCACAAGAGUUUCUCCAGGGCUGAAAACUUGAAAAUACACCUCCGGUCACACUCUGGAGAGAAACCUUAUGUCUGUCCAUAUGAGGGUUGUGGCAAAGCGUAUUCAAAUUCCAGUGACCGUUUCAAGCACACCCGCACACAUACAGUCGACAAACCCUACUGCUGCAAGGUUCCCGGUUGCAACAAGCGAUAUACAGAUCCGUCCAGCUUGAGAAAGCAUGUCAAAACGUAUAAGCACUUCACGAGCGAGAGGGACACGCAGAAGGAGUCCUCAGAUGAGCGACAGAGCCCCGACAGCCCGAGAGAGAAACUACAAAACACGUCACCGAUUCACCUGUACAGUCCCGUAGCGAAAAUACCUUACAGUAUAAGCACCUCAGUACCUUACAGAUAUGUGCCCAAACUGGACGCAUACAACUACGAACCUUACUACCCCCUAAGAGUACCCAUAAGAGAGAUGAGCUACGUCCAAUACUCGCAGAUGUAUGAUCACGCGUACAGAAGCCAGUACUCUAGCUAUCCCACUGAAGUAGACAUACCGACUGAUGACGUCACAAUGGUCGAAGCGACUAAGUAUGAGCCCGAAGUACCUUUAAACUUAAUCUGCAGCAAAAAAGACUGCAAGCCUAUCGAGGAACUAGUCAGAACUGAUUCACCCCUAGAUUUAAGCACCAAGUAUUAUAAAUAAAACAUUAAAUUAUA